AUGCAAUGCACGCAUACAAACACCUCUUCACCUGCUGCCCAAAUCAGCUCGUUCACAGCUCCGGAUCUCAACCUCGGUGCACCACUCACACUCGCUGUGUGCGUCCAUCUCCUCAAUAUUAAACAGCAGGAAUGUGCAUUCAUAUUCUUCCUUCGUGAAUGCUAUUUGAAAAAGAACAAGGCAGAGGCCGUGGCAGCUGCAGCUGCACAGGGCGAUGCUGUUGCACAGUAUAACUAUGCUCAAUAA